AUGGGUGUGGCUCCUCAGCAGUAUGGGGAGCAAGGCCAGCAGCGACGAGAGGAGGGUACUGCGCCCUCACCGCUCCUCCUCCCGCUGCCAAAAACUCCAUGCCCGCCACGGGCGGGACGGGAACCGAGCGCGGGAGCCGAUGCAACGGGAGUAGGAGGAGGAGGAGCAGCUGCCGGCAGUGCAUACACUGGAGGUACGGCCGGAGGAGGAGCCACAGACGAUGUUGCGGCCUGCACGACCGCCACCAUCGCCGGGGACGGGUCACCAAUGGUGGCGAACGCCUCCGGCUGUGCAGAGACGCUAGCACGGAUCGGCGCAGAGGGGGCCACAGAGACUGGAGGUGCAGCUGGCACAACAACGGCUGGAGGCACGGCAACCACAGCCGGGAGCUCCGGAAGAACAGGGGCAGGGGGAGCAGCGGCAGCCGGCAGGGACUUCGCAGGCGGGGACUUCGGGAGAGCAUGGAGUGCAGCGGCAUCAGGCUGGGACUCCGCAGGCGAGGGCUUCGAGGGAGCAGGGGCCUCCACGAUCUCCGGCGCAGUCCUUGGGACUGGCGGCACAGGCGGCUUCAUCGCCACGGGCGCCGAUGCUGGCUCAGCCGGCGAUCUUCCGCUCGCCGCCGACGCAACAGCAGCGUGCUUUGGCGGCGGCGUCAACUCAGGCGCACUAGCGAUCACUAUCGCAGAACGGGAGGAGCAGGGGACGUGGGAGACGGGCUCAGAGCGAUAG